ACACAUACAAAGAUAGGAAGAAGGAAUAUUGGACUCACGCCACUGCAUGGCUGGACCUCAGUCCCCUGGUAAACUGACCGAAUUGUGUCACAUCCUGCAAGAUUUACUGCUUCUCCGUGUGAACGAUAAAAGGAGAAAGCUUCACAAGAGGACGCACUCUCUCGGACUCUUGGCUCUUCCGUCACUUCUUGCAAAAAUCCGCCGAGUGUCGUAAUCAACAGAGUCGAAGAUGAAGUCCCACACAAAGCCGACUUUCUGCUUUCUGAUAUCUGUUUUAUUCCUCUGUGCUGUUGCAGAUCUUCAGGCACCUGUAGUCCACACAAAGCUCGGGAGCCUGAAAGGUGAAUAUGUGAGUGUAAAAGGAAAGGAGAGCGGGGUCCACGCCUUCCUGGGUGUGCCAUUUGCAAAGCCACCUUUGGGCCCUUCCUUGAGACUGGCUCCACCUCAGCCUGUAGAAGGAUGGGAAGGAGUGAGAGAUGCCACUCAGCAGCCACCAAUGUGCAUGCAGCCUAAAAAUUUUGCUUUGGCUCUGAUUGAUAAACUUGGUGUCUUGCUGGCUGAUAUCCCAGACAUCUCUGAAGACUGUCUUUACCUCAACAUUUACACGCCUGCAAAAAGAGCUAAUGAUGCCAAGCUCCCAGUCAUGGUAUGGAUCCACGGUGGGGGCCUGACAGUGGGAUCAGCUUCAACAUAUGAUGGCUCUGCUCUGGCUGCUUACCAGGACGUGGUUGUGGUUCUGAUCCAGUAUCGCUUGGGACUUCUGGGUUUUCUUGGCACAGGAGAUGAGCACAUUUCAGGGAACUUUGGUCUGCUGGACCAGGUUGAAGCUCUCAAGUGGAUCCAGCAGCACAUUCACAACUUUGGAGGCGACCCAGGAUCAGUUACCAUAUUUGGGGAGUCUGCUGGUGGAGUGAGCGUGUCCUUCCUGCUUCUGUCACCACUGUCUGAUGGGCUGUUUCACCGUGCCAUUGCAGAGAGUGGCACAGCUGCAAUAGAUUUACUUGUGGCAAAUGAUCCCCUAUCAGUGGCACAGGAGGUUGCAAAUGCUUCUGGCUGCAGUCUGGAAAGCACAAAGAAGUUUGCUGACUGCAUGAGAAACCUUGAUAUUGAUAUCAUAGUGGGUUUUACAAAGAGUCGAGAUUUCAGAUUUCCUAUAAAUGUUGACGGACAUUUUCUGACAAAACCUGUGAACGAACUGUUCCAUAAACAUGAAUUCCUCACCGUACCAUUGAUGGCAGGUGUCAGUAGUGAUGAAGGGGGAUGGCUGCUUAAAAAUUUAUUCAUUAGUGUUCCACUAAGCUGGGAAGAAGGAAUGGAUCGGGACCAAGUCAUAAACGCAAUGUCCUUCUUCUACCCCAAUUCUAAAGAUGCAUUCAUCAGAGAUAUCAUAGCUGAUGAAUAUAUCGGAAAUGGUGAAGACUAUGUGAAAAACAGAGAUGGGUUCUCUGAGGUGGUUGCAGAUAUUUUAUUCAACACGCCAGUCGUUAAAACUGCUAAUGCUCACAGAGAUGCAGGUGCUCCUGUAUACCUGUAUGAGUACCAGCAUUCCUUGAAAUUUUUGCAGAACAGAAGGCCAAGCUUUGUUGGAUGUGACCAUACAGAUGAAAUUUUUACAGUGCUGGGAUUCUGCUUCACAACUACCCAUGUUAAACUGCCUGAUGUAUGCCUUGAAGAGGACGAACAGAUGAGCAGAACCAUGAUGAGCUACUGGGGCAACUUUGCUCGCACAGGGUCUCCUAAUGGGGACAAUCUUGUGCGCUGGCCAAAGUAUGGAGCUGAUGAAAAGUACCUGGCGAUUGGUUUAAAAAAGCAGGUAACCAGUCAGUACCUGAAGAAGGACCGGUUUGUCUUCCUGACUCAGAUCCUCCCACAGAAGAUCAAACAGCAUGAGGAAAAGGCAGAGCACAGCGAGUUGUAGAACACACACCUUUUCUCUAUGAAGGGAAUACCUUCCUGUUUUUGAUAUCAAAGUGUCACCUUAAUGAUCUCUUUUUGUUUGUUUGUUUGUUUGUUUUUGAAUUUCUCACUAAGUACUUUUUUUUUUUUCCAAACUCCACAUUCACACAAAACUGGGAACAUACAAACAUACUAGUUAGUAUCAAAGGGUUAUUAGAAGCUGUCAGAUCCAGAUCUGCUGCUUGUAAUCAGGGUUUUUAAUGAAUCUGGCACUUUGAAAUAGAAGGUAAACAAGAGGUUCUUAUGAUGAUCUCUAGAUAUGUAAUUAGCUGUCCUUUAUUGCACAGAACAUUGUGUAAAACACUGUCACAAUGAAUUUCACUACAUUAAAACUAAAAGGUAACUUUGUCGCUAAAAUAAAACAGUGAAAAAUGAGAUCAUUCUUUUCUGCAGAUUGAGAACAUCUGUCUUUUCUGACAAU